UGUAUCGCUCUUCCGGUAACUCAUACGCCAUGGAUGUCUACUACGUGUUCCCACAACGACGCGCUAUUAAAUGCUGCUGUUGCUUUCAUUUGGAAUGCUAUUGCUUUUCUCUACGCUCUACUUACAAUAACAUCGCUUUGCUGAAAUCUACGUGCCUUCGCCGCCGCUGUCGACGCCUACGUCACCACCACUAUAAACGUCAUUACCAGAUGGGCGCACUAAUGAAAGAGUCACAUACAUCACUACGUGACGAUUUCGAAGUAUCCUGCCGUGAAUUGGAUGUCCUGGUCGAUGCGGCCAUUAAUUGUUCUGGUGUUUUGGGAUCACGUAUGACUGGCGGUGGCUUCGGUGGCUGCACCGUUACGCUACUGCAACGCAAUGCCGUUGACGAUGUGAUUGCGACGAUGCGUACAAAUUUCAUUAAAGAAUUUAAUAAAGAAGCCGCUGACCAUUUGGGAUUCUACAUGUGUAUACCGAGCAAUGGUGCGCGACGUGUCGAUUUGUGAGGUUGCAAUGGAGAAAAAAUGAAAUAGUAGUUGUUGAGGAAAUUGGAAAAUAAGCCAAUAAAGCAAAAUAUUUUUAGAAA